AUAACACGUGAACACGGAAUAUAUAAAUCAGUACCAAACGCUUUCAAUGCGUACUAUCUUUUGUAAUAAUUGCUGAAGCUGUUAAACGGACCAGAAGUUAGUAGCUCAAUUAAAUUUUGUGGUCCUUGAAAAGAGAAAAAAAAAUUUUUUUGGCAGUUUUAUUUGAAGACGUGAUACCUGUAUUACUUUUAAUAAAAGAGGCAAAAUGCAAAGUCCUUACAAAUCCUUGCUAUUGGCUGUUAUGCUGUUCGUUAUGGCGCAUGGCAUAAGUGUGACGUCACUGAUGGCAGCAGCACAUAGUGGCGGAGGUGGAGAUGGCUAUAACACACAGGCGGCGCUCACGGCAACAGCAACAGCAGCAUCAGCAUCGAAAUCAGCAUCACCAUCAGCACUAAAAGACAGUCUGGGCAACCUUGAUAAAACUGUAGCCAAGAGUAGACCGUCAAGUGCAGUUGAAGAUUGGAGUUUGGUGUGUCAACAGCUCUGCGGAGCUGCCUUAGGCGGCGCUGAGUGCACCCCCUAUUGUAAAAAUAUGCCAGUUUUACCUCAGAUAGUGCAACUUGAAAAUGCCAACACCCUUUUGGAUGCCAAAAAUCUGCAAUUCAUGUGCCCGCAGCUCUGUGGACUACACUUUGGUGAUGAUGUUUGUACAUGCAAAAAUUGGUUAAAUGGCAACUAUGACGCCAAAAUGGAAAUCACGCAUGAUGAUGAAACUAAUGUCUGUGCCAUAUUCUGUGAUUUCAAGCAUGUCACACUGACCGGUUGUAGUCCUUGUGACAAAAGCGAAACAACAGACCAAACUCCACAAAUCACCUUGGACAAGGUUGAGGCAAUGGGUAAGUCCAUUAUCAUGGGCUUUGAUGAGGAGACAACACCCGAUUGGAAUGAACUUUGUGCUUCUCUGUGUAAAACUGGCGAUGGCGGGUCAUUGUGCAAUUGUGACUUGUCGCCAUUUUAUGUGUGAAUAAGGAAACGGAAGAAAUAAAAAAAAUUUUGUUUCCGGCAUACAGAGGGCGAUAAGUAAAAGAUUUUUUUUUUUGUUUCUAAAAACAAUAUUUUAUUUCUAUUCAAGUCUUUUGGAAAAAGGACUUUAAACUUUUUGUUUUUCUUUUAAAAAAAUUGCUGUUCAAUUAUGUUAUAAAAAAACUAUAUUUCAAUUACAACUUUAAAAACUUGCUCAAUUAUUAAAAGAUCUUUGUGGACAUUAUUCAAUUGAAAGAAAAUCAGAAUGAAUGAAAACACACAUAAGUGAAAGUAAUAAACUAAUCCCUAUGCGCAUCAAUUAAUUUGUAAUUAAUUUCAAUUAAAAACAAAAGAAAAAAAUAAUAAAUGAGAAAAAUCAAAAACAAAAACUCAUAAUAAUAAUAAUACCAUACAACAUAUAAAAACAUAUUAAAAAAAAAAACAUAAAAAGAGAUAUAUUGUUGCAAACUAUAGUGUUACUAAAGGGUUAACUUUAUAUGUAUCAUCGCAAAAAAAGGAAACUAUAAACAGGACUUGAGGGCUUUUUGUGCAGAAAACAAUGCUGUUAUGAGUUCUCUAAACUGUAUUUUUCUGUUUCUUAUUUUUAAUUUUACACCUUACCCCAAGUUUCCGUAUGAAAAAUGUCAUAAAAACAACAAAAAUCACUAAAGGGCUUCCAGGUGAAAUAGUUUGUUAAUGUCUUAAGCCUUCUUCCUUCAGCUAGGCGGAUGAAGCUGAAGAACAAAAGCAACUAGGACACUACACUUUAGUUGAGGGUGAGGCAACAAGUUCUCUAACCCCCCCACCCAAAAAAAAAAAAAAACUGAAAACAACCAACCAAUAAUAUUCAUAUAUACAACAUAUCGUCGUCACUCUGUUGAUAAAGCAAAAGUAUGAACAAAAAAAAAACACAAAAUAAAAAAAAUUUAAAAAAAAAACAUUUUAUUAGAAAAAAAACAACUAAAAAAUAUUUUCAUUUCAUUUCAGUUUGUUAAUGGAAUCAGCAUAUCAAUUAACAAAACCAACAAAAAUCAUUUUUAAUUAACGAAAAUAAUUUUUCUAUCAACUAUUCUGGCUUACAUGUCUAUGCCAAAAAAACCAAAAGCUAUUCUAUUAUUAUUAUUAUUGUCGUAUUAUACAUUAUAUACACAUUAACAAAUAUAUACAACAAUUAUAUAUAUAUAUAUAUACAAUGCAUUAUAAAUGAAAAUUUUAAAACAUCUUUCACUACAUUCACAAUUACUCUAAAUGUUAGCCAAGAGUUUAGUGUUGUUAAUGAAUUUCUGUUAAAGGUUUAGUUAAAAUGUCCUGCUUUUAGUUGAAUAUAAAAACACACAUGUUUUUCUUCAAGUGUAUUGUCAAAAUUAAUGAAAUGAAAGAAAACACAAUUAAAAUGUCUCACUACAUAACGUAUAUAAAACACAAUUAAAUACGCUUUAUACUUAUACACCUACAUGUAUAUAAGCAUGUAAAGAAUGUAUAAUUUAGGGUAUUGCCAAUUCAGUUUGAGAAAAACAUCGAUUUUUUUAAUGUAUACAUUUUUAUUCUUUUGAAAUUCUUUAAAAGUUCAAGAAAUUACAGAAUAGAGUAAUUAAAGCAAUUUAUCGAUAACAAGUUGUGUUAUCGAUUUGGCUAUUAUCGAUUUUAUAUGUGUUGCCAGAACAAAUUUCACUUGAUUAUAAAGUUUUAAUGAAUAUUAGUAACUGAAAAAAAUACAUUUUUAAAACAACCACCCAUCGAUUAUUUAGCUUAUUUAUCGAAAAUGAAAUAGUUAUCGAUACACUUUUCAGAAAACUUAAAAAAAAAAACUGAGUAACUUGAAGUCCAUCUUUUGUUAAGUAUCAAACAAAAAUUAAAGCAAUUUAUCGAUAACAAGUCUUGUUAUCGAUUUGGUACUUAUCGAUUUUAUAUGUGUUGCCAAAACAAAUUUCACUUAAUUAUAAAGUUUUAUUGAAUAUUAGUUACUGAAUAUAAUAAAUUUUUCAAAAAAUAAUCAUCCAUCAAUUAUUUAGCUUAUUUAUCGAAAAUGAAAUAGUUAUCGAUACACUUUCCAGAAUAUUAAAAAAAACUGAGUGACUAGAAGCCCAUCUUUUGAAAUAUAUAUAAAAAAAAUUGAAGUAAUUUAUCGAUAGCAAGUCUUGUUAUCGAUAUGGUACUUAUCGAUUUUCUAUGUGUUGCCACAAUUUUCAUUUAAUUAUAAAGUUUACUUUGAAUAUUGGUAACUAAAAACAAUACAUCUUUAAAAUAACCACCCAUUGAUUAUUUAGAUUAUUUAUCGAAAAUGAAAUAGUUAUCGCUACAGUUUUCAGAGUACUAAAAAAACUGAGUGACUAGAAUCCCAUCUUUUGAAAUACAUUAAAAAAAAUUUUAAGUAAUAUAUCGAUAGCAACUAUUGUUAUCGAUUUGGUACUUAUCGAUUUUAUAUGUGUUGCCAGAACAAUUUUCACUUGAUUAUAAAGUUUUAACGAAUGAUAGUUACUGAAAAUAACACAUUUUUAAAAAAACCAUUCAUCGAUUAUUUAGCUUUCGUAAUAUAUCAAAAAUAAUCAUUUAACGAUUAUUAAAGUUAAUUAUCGGAAAAAUACCAUUCUUGAUAGCAAUGUCCGAGCCAUUUGGAAUUUUUUAUAUAUUUCAAAUGAAUAGUAAUAACAAUUUUUAAUUUCUUUCUAAUCGUCAUACAUUUGCAUCAUAUUUCGAUAGAAAUGUGAAAGAAGAAGAAGAAAUGGAAAAAGAAAUUGAUGCAAUUAUAGCAUAAUAGCGAAUUUAUACCAGCAGCUUAUAUCUGCCGGUAUAAAUUCGAUUCUAAAAAUGUUCGACUUAUUCAAUUGGUAUGCUUCCCAUCCAUUGCAAGCCAGAGUUCUGCAUAAAAUAUCAGUGAAAAGUUGUACUGUUAAAUUAUCGAUAUCAUGCGAUAACGCAUAAUAAGAACCGAUUAAUCGGGAUUUGCUCCCUUUACUAAUAAAAUGAAGUACAGUAAAUGCCAUAAAACAAUAUUGCAAAAAAUUUUACUCCACCACCUCAAAUAUAAAACGUAUUUUCCAUUUCAUGACGAAACGAUAAAUUGAAAAUCAUAACUGUUUUAAUUUUCAAGUUUUUUUGCCUGUUAUGGCAAAGAUCACUAAUCAUAGUACACAUGAUUCUGUGCAUCUGUUGGAAGUUGUAUUGAUGGCUUCGAACUCUAGACAACGACAACGGCUGUCGCUGUGUCCAGAUUGGAAUCCCGCCCGGGCUGAUUUUUUUUUUUGAGGCUGAACGCCGUGGUUCGAAUCCUGGCGAAAUAAUCAGAAAAAAAUUCUGCGGUGGUUUUCCCCUCCUAAUGCUGGCAACAUUUGUGGGGUACUAUGCGAUGUAAAACUUCUUUCCAAAGAGGUGUCGCACUGCGGCACACCUUUCGGACUCGGCUAUAAAGAGGAGGCGUCUUAUCAUUGAGCUUUAACUUGAAUUGGACUGCUCUCAUUGAUAUAUGAGAUGUUUGGCCCUGUUCCCUGGAAUAUUCAUGGGUAAAAUUUCCAAAAUAUGAAGUUUCUCUCCUUUCGUCGUUUAUUUUCAAAUUUUGUUGUAAAAAAAUUAUCGAUAUUAUUUUAUGCAAAUUUAUCGAUAAUUUUUUUCCAAUCGAUAUGAUUUUUCUGUUUUUUUAUUGAUAUCAUAUUGUUUAAAGCAAAAUGCACUGUGCAAUAAAUUAAUCGAAAUUUUAAUCUAUCGAAAU